AUGAUGGACCUGAUGCACCUGUGCUUGGCCGUCACACACUUGGGACGUGACUCUGCAGCCACCGCUGUGAAGGAACAACAGCUCAGUGACAAAGGCAGCAGUGCCAGGGGGGGAGACGCCCACCGCCAGGGCAGGUCAGUGAUGGAAGACAGUUUUGAGACAUUUGGAGAGGAGUUGGGGCCUUUGAGAGCUGAUCCUGCUCCACCACGACCGUUGAGACAGACGCGGAGACCAGAAGCCUACGCUCCCAGGAAAAUGAGAGAGGAAAUGAUCCCAUCUCCACCACCACUUAAACCAGAAUUCAAAAAUCCAACAAGAGACGUCAAUUCCACAAGGACAGCAUCUCCAGCAGCCCUGAGUGUGAGUCCGAAUGAGAAACCUUGGGAAAAUGUCACCCUGAACCGAUGCUUGUUUGUGGCCAUCACCAUCCUGGUGCUCACCUCAGGCUUCCAAAGACUGCACGCGACUCUACGAGGCCAGAGGCCAGCAGAGGACGACGAAGAUGACGCCGUGAGAGUCAGAUGCUCGACUUCAUUACGAAACAGAGCGAGGCCGGAACUGCCUGAAAGCAGCCUGUGGGAGGUGAUGUUCGAAUGGCUCCCUGAUUUCAGUGAUGAUGAUGAUGAGGAUGAUGACGACGAGGAGUAUGAGAACGACGACGGGGGAAUCAAACAAAAGAAGUCCAGGAGCAAAGCAAGAGCCUCCAGUGGUCUACGUAACAAACCGAUACCAAACAAGACGCUCAUGAAGCAAAGAGAAGACAAACCCAAGAGACGAAGAGCAAAGAAACAAAAGAAAGAGGAUACAGCAGAGAAAAAAGAUAAACACGAACCAGAAGAUGGAGAUGAGGAGGAGGAGGUGGAGGCUACAGACUAGAAGAAACUGAAGGAACAAAGGUCUCGCUUUAAUGAGAUUCACAACCAAUUCUCGACCCAAUAGUUUGAGCUGAACUCAUCAAAAAGUCAAACUCAACAUUAGAUAAGCAUAAAUUCUUGUUCGGCUCAAAACAGUGAUUGAUGAAAUCAAGCCUUGAUCCUGAUGUGUUAUUGUGAAAGACACAGUAAAAAGUACAAAAGGCAAGAACGUUUUCUACAAGGUAUUUAAUUACAAAAACACAAUCUUAAUAGAGGAGAUAUCAUGAAUCACCUGUACAAAAUGAAGCCAGUUUCAUUUGACCAAAAGCUCAACAUAAAAACAAGCCAUAAAAACCUGACUGUGUUUACAAGACGCAGUUUUUCUUCAAACACAGUUCAAGCCUUCACGUUCAGAGGUUCUCAGGUGGGGGGGGCCUCAUCGGCAUGGGUGGCAUGUGCAUCUGAGGAGGUCCUGCAGCUCCAGGGGGAAGCGGUGGACCAGACAUGGAGUCAUGUCCAGUGUGCGAUGUCAUCAGCGGAGGUGGGCGCUUCAUGCCUGUUGGAAUGGGACCACCCAUGGGAGGCCCGAGAGGCUUCUCCAUUUUGAAGUGAAACUGAAGAAAGAACUAAAGAGGACAAAAAAACAGACAAGUAAAACAACAAUUCUGGGUUUGUUUCAAUAAACU